AUGUCGGAGCAGAUCCUCGCUGGAAAAACGUGCCUCGUCACCGGCGGAGCUGGUGGCCUGGGCAAGGCUAUCGCGACUCAUUUUCUCGGCGCUGGCGCCAACGUCGUUAUUUGCGAUAUCAACGAGGAACGUCUGCAGCAAGCCUCCGCAGAGCUGUCAUCAAAGGGCCCCCUGCGAGCUAUCAAGUCCGAUCUCACGAACACCAGUGAGGCGCAAUGUCUGUUCGACGAGCUGAUCCGGGAGUUUGGUAAAAUUGAUGUGCUGGUGAACAACGCCGGGAUCAUGGACCAUUUCGCUCCUGUUGGUGACCUGGACAUCGAGCAAUGGGAUCAAGUGAUGGCGCUGAACCUCACCGCACCUAUGAUCUUGAGCAAAUUGGCUGUUCGUAACAUGUUGGAGCAGCCGAAGCCUGAUGGCCGGAUUAUCAACAUCGUCUCUGUCGCUGGCCGUGCUGGAUGGGCCGCCGGUGCCGCCUAUACCGCCAGCAAGCAUGGGCUGGUGGGUUUGACCAAGAAUACCGCCGCUUUCUACGGCAGCAGGGGUAUUCGCUGCAACGCUCUGAUGAUGGGCGCCAUGAAUACCAACAUUGCCGAUGUGUUCCAGACCGGCAUGCACAUGGAAGGUUAUCAGAAGAUGAAUGCCAUUUAUGAGUCUGUGGGCACUCAAACCUGCGACCUGGACGAGGUUGCUGGGUUCUGCGUCAACUUGACCUACGGCAAGGGUGCCAGUAUCAUCAACGGUGCAUGUAUUGCCCUUGAUAAUGGGUGGACUUGCACGGUUAGCUAG